CAGAGACAUCCUGCAUUUCCCACCACAUCCAACUUCUCGAGCGUCCCCUUAUCGAUAAUUGAGAAACGCCAUGAGGGAACCAGCCACUAAACGCCUCAGGACCAAACGCGCCUGCGACUACUGCAGGCUGCACCGUAUCCGGUGUGAAUUCGGGACAGACCAGGAUGUAUGCAACCACUGCAAGCGUUACCAGAUACAUUGCAAAAAGGAAACGCGCCCACCACCUGACAAACGUCAGCGCACUAUCACCAAAGACGCUGAUUCACAUGGUGAACUUCAGUCAUUUCAAGGUAUUGAGCCAGGAUAUCUAGGCCCGUCCAGUGUCACUCAACAGGUACACGACCACUGCUAUCUUUCAGAAAGCACAGAACGCAAGAUAAAGCGCCUGGAAGAUCGCCUAGACAUAUAUCAUGAUGCCUUUGAGAAGAAUCAUGACAGGGGCCGUCUGGUUGGGCGACCUCCUGAUAUUGGCGAGACUGCGAGAAGACGGGCUGUGGCAGCAGCUACCGCAAUACGGGUGCAAGAAGGGCUGAUCGAGAAGCUGGGCACGGAGGCCAUAUUGAACGAUCUCAUGUCUUCCUGCCAGCGUUCAUUCUUGCCACUGUUCCCGGCUGUUUCGGUCCAUGAAAGUCUUGGCCGCAGAAUUCCGACUCCCGAGUUUGAGGCCAUCUUUGGAAACUUCCACAUCAACUCAACUCCACCCACAUCCUUACCCCAGGUCUUCCGCCUCCUCAUCUGUGCGAUACCGGCUGCGUCGCGGGGUGUACCCGUCCACAUCCGCGAGUCCAUCUUCUCUGCACUCAACUCAGCUCUAGACUCGAUGGACUUUUCGAUGGGGAUGGCAAGUCUGUCCAAUGUCCAGAUGCACCUGCUCAUGUCGGUGAAUGAUGGAUUAUGGAAAAGAGGACCCAUGGGGAGGGCGGUAUACGCUGCGACAAGGAUGGCGACCGGUCUGGCGCUCCACCGCAGUGGCGCUUGUAUUAUUGCUGACAGAUGGAUGACACUACGCCUAGGCCAAAUGCCUAGCAUCGACCUAUCGUACGCAGAUGCCCCUUUCCCCUCACACCUCCCAGACCACAUCCUUGACGGUACAAACUACCCUCUCGAUACCAUUCCUUGCUUUCGUUUCCAUCAAGAGAUGACAAAACUGGCAGAUCUACUGGGGCGCGCUUAUCGCCUGUCCUGUUCGCCAUACGGCCUGAAUAGAUCCGAAGGGUAUAGCCACUUUCUUUGGCAGAUCGACUAUCUCGAAUGGAGGGCACAGAUACCGCAGAACUGGCCCUACUCUGCCCACAUCGACACUCCUCAAGCCACUCCCAUUCUGGAUCUCCUCACCGUGGCGGUCUUGUAUACAUUCAUCCAACCCUUCUAUUGGCCUACCCAACCUAUUCCCGAGAAUGUCACGUAUCGCCCGCCGGAUGCCUUCUGGGACAGUAUCCUGACAAUGGCUGGGGAAUCUAUAGAAUGGAUGUGCGGCGCCGGGUCAUUCUACUUCGACAUUUGGUCCACAUUGUUACAUCCUUUCAUUUGCUGUCUGGUGGUACAGGCAAAGGCAGCUCAGAAAGGAUCUUUCACGUCGGGUCUGUUACUCGACAGGGGCAUUCAAGUCAUCUGCGAAUGGGCAAAACACGGGGAGUCUCCUCCGUUUGUGACUUAUCAGCGGGCGGAUAUCGUUGAAAUGGUACAAGCUCUGAAAGUUGAAGAGGGUAUAGAAGCUGCGCAGGGUAUCAUACCACUUUGA